CCACCACCACCACCACUGCACCAGUACUGUGGUUGUUCAGAUAUUUUUGCCAGGCAUGAAAAAUAGUGCACACAUGAUGACCGUGGAGUUUCCUGCGUGACGAAGCAUCUCCAGACCGGGACAUGUUAUCUUUCAGAGCCAGACCUCCUCUGUCCUGACACAGGGAGUUUUACAACCAGGAUCCUGACUGUCUACCUCAACACACGUGGAGUCCACUCCCUUUGUUUUACCUCUUAGGGCAUCUGCUGCUCCCUUUCUACCUCAGCAUGUACUGUGCAUGCACGUAGCCGCUAUCAGCCAGCUCAGAAUUGCCAACAGGCCCUUCACUUUAUCGCCACGGCUCUCAGGUGUCAGUCAUCUAGUGAUAGUGUAACAGUUGACUGGGUUUCUUCCUGCUUUUCGUUGCCAUAAUCGCUAUCUGACCCUGUGCUGGGAGGAGCCACCUGACGCAGCCAUGUUACGCGUGGGUUUGUGAUGUCCGUCGCAGGCCUCGGACAAGGACCAGAAGCAGGGGAAAGACAGGGGCUGGGAGACAGAGACGUUCCUCGGUUUGUGGUUGGCUGUGAAGAUGAUGAGCAGGACAUGGGUCAAAUGGAGACAGGCAUGAAGAACAAGAUGUUUCGAGAAGAAGACAUGGACGAUGAUGAAGAUGAGUCGCCGUCAGAGCGACAGAUUGUGGUCGGCAUAUGUGCCAUGAUGAAGAAAUCCAAAUCCAAGCCCAUGACUCAGAUCCUGGAGCGCCUUUGUAAGUUUGACUACAUUGAUGUGGUCAUCUUUCCCGAGGAAGUGAUCCUGGAGGAACCUGUGGAGAAAUGGCCCCUCUGUGACUGCCUCAUCUCCUUCCACUCCAAAGGUUUCCCUCUGGACAAAGCUGUGGAGUACGCCAAGCUCAGGAAUCCACUGCUCAUCAAUGACCUCAACAUGCAGUAUUUCAUACAGGACAGGAGGGAAGUGUACCGGAUCCUACAAGAAGAGGGCAUUGACCUACCUCGUUAUGCUGUGUUAAACCGAGAUCCAGACAAUCCUGAAGAGUGUAACCUUGUGGAAGGGGAGGACCAUGUUGAGGUGAACGGGGAGGUGUUCCCUAAACCCUUCGUGGAGAAACCUGUGUGUGCUGAGGACCACAAUGUCUACAUCUAUUACCCAACAUCCGCUGGAGGAGGCAGCCAGAGGCUCUUCAGAAAGAUAGGGAGUCGGAGCAGUGUGUACUCCCCAGAGAGCAGCGUACGAAAGACCGGCUCCUACAUCUAUGAGGAGUUCAUGCCCACAGAUGGUACUGAUGUGAAGGUUUACACAGUGGGUCCAGACUACGCCCAUGCCGAGGCCCGAAAGUCUCCUGCUCUGGACGGAAAGGUAGAGAGGGAUAGUGAGGGGAAGGAGAUCCGCUACCCUGUCAUGCUGACCGCCAUGGAGAAACUGGUGGCCCGCAAGGUCUGCCUGGCCUUCAAGCAAACGGUGUGUGGGUUUGAUCUGCUCAGAGCCAAUGGCCACUCCUUCGUCUGUGAUGUUAACGGUUUCAGCUUUGUCAAAAACUCCAUGAAGUACUACGAUGAUUGUGCCAAAGUCCUGGGGAACAUGGUAAUGAGGGAAUUAGCCCCCCAGUUCCACAUCCCCUGGUCCAUCCCCAUGGAGGCUGAAGACAUCCCCAUCGUCCCAACAACCUCAGGAACCAUGAUGGAGCUGCGCUGUGUUAUCGCCAUCAUCCGCCAUGGAGAUCGCACACCAAAGCAAAAGAUGAAAAUGGAGGUCCGACAUCCUCUGUUCUUUGAGUUGUUUGAGAAGUAUGGAGGCUACAAGUCAGGAAAGCUAAAGCUGAAAAAGCCAAAACAGCUACAGGAAGUGCUGGAUAUCGCUCGCCUGCUGCUGGUUGAACUGGGCCAGCACAACGACUGUGAGAUCGAGGAGAAGAAAUCCAAACUGGAACAACUCAAGACUGUCCUGGAGAUGUACGGUCAUUUCUCAGGUAUCAACAGGAAGGUUCAGCUGACCUACCUGCGUAACGGCCAGCCUAAAGCCUCCAGCGAAGAAGAAGACUCUAAGAAGGAUGGUCCUUCUCUGCUGCUGGUGUUGAAGUGGGGCGGGGAGCUGACGCCUGCAGGCCGGGUUCAGGCUGAGGAGCUGGGCAGGGCCUUUCGCUGCAUGUACCCUGGAGGUCAAGCCGGUAACCGCCGGUCCCUUGGCUGUGAGUCCCCUAUUGACUUUGGUGACUAUGCUGGGUUUCCAGGCUGUGGCCUCCUGCGCCUGCACAGCACUUACCGCCAUGACUUGAAGAUCUACGCCUCUGACGAAGGCAGAGUGCAGAUGACGGCUGCUGCUUUUGCCAAGGGUCUGCUGGCUCUAGAGGGAGAGUUGACACCGAUCCUGGUCCAGAUGGUGAAGAGUGCCAACAUGAACGGACUGCUGGACAGCGACAGCGACUCUCUGACUGACUGCCAGCAGAAGGUGAAGGCCAGGCUGCAUGAAAUCAUGCAGAAGGAUCAGGAUUAUACACUGGAGGACUAUGAGAAGCUGGCCCCAACAGGUAGUCCAUCACUGGUGAACUCCAUGAAGGUCAUACAGAAUCCAGUCAAGACCUGUGACAUGGUGUACACCCUCAUCCAGAGUCUCACCUCACAGAUCCGAAAGAGACUGGAGGACCCCAAGUCUGCAGAUCUGCAGCUUUACCACAGUGAGACGCUGGAGCUGAUGCUGCAGCGCUGGUCCAAACUAGAGAGAGAUUUCCGCAUGAAGAACGGGCGCUACGACAUCAGCAAGAUCCCGGACAUCUACGACUGCAUCAAAUACGACACGCAGCACAACGCCUCGCUUGGGCUGGAGGACACGCUGGAGCUGUUCAGGCUGUCCCGCGCCCUGGCUGACAUAGUUAUACCACAGGAGUAUGGCAUCAGCAAAGCUGAGAAACUGGACAUUGCUCAGGCCUACUGUGUUCCUCUGAUGAAGAAAAUCCAGCUGGACCUACAGAGGACCCAUGAGGACGAGGCCGUUAACAAGCUUCACCCCCUGUAUUCUCGGGGUGUGAUGUCUCCUGGUCGUCACGUCCGCACACGUCUCUACUUCACCAGCGAGAGCCACGUUCACUCCCUGCUCAGCGUCUUCCGCUACGGAGGACUGCUGGAUGAGGAGAAGGACCAGCAGUGGAAACAGGCGAUGGACUACCUGAGUGCUGUGACUGAACUCAACUACAUGACACAGAUAGUCAUCAUGCUGUAUGAAGACAACAAUAAGGACCCCUCCUCAGAGGAGCGUUUCCAUGUUGAGCUUCACUUCAGUCCUGGAGUCAAAGGAUGUGAAGAUGAGGAGAACGUGCCUCUCGGCUUCGGCUUCCGCCCAGCCUCCUCUGAGAAUCAAGACAAAAAGCCAAAUCAGGGCAGUCUGGAGGACCUCUCCCAGGACCAGCCAGACCAGGCACUUCCUGUUUCUGAGCCAAUCAACAUCCAGCGAAGGUCUCCCAUGAUCCGCAACCGCAAGACAGGCUCCAUGGAGGUCCUCUCUGAGACCUCUCCCACCCAGUCCUCCAAAGGCUGCACGUCCCACCGACUCUUCCCCUCGUGUUCCCGCCAGUCUCCUGAGAUCAAACCAGCCAGUGGCUUAGGCUCGCUCUGCUCUGGCCUCUUCAGUGCCUCUGCCCUCGGGGUGUCCUGUAGUGCCCCCAACCUGCGGGACUACGUCCGCACGCACCACCACCACCACCGAAAACCACCACUGUCCCCCGGCAGUCUGCCAUGCCAGAUUGGCAUGUUCGAGCUGUUCUCUAUGCCGGCAGUAAAGAGAUUUUCUGUGUCGUUUGCCAGGCAUCCGACUAAUGGUUUUGAAGGCUGCUCCAUGGUGCCCUCUAUCUACCCACUGGAGACGCUGCACAACUCGCUUUCACUGAAGCAGGUGGACGAGUUUCUCAACACUGUGUGCGAGAGCAGCAGCGAGGCCCACGCCAAAACCAUGAAAGCGCUCUCCAGCCUGUUUGACUCCCAGAGCCAGACGUCGCUCUACAGCCCACAGCAGCCUCUGUCCUCCUCUGGAUCUGAGACGUCUCUUCGGCCGCCGAGUCGCCCUCUAUGGCAUGGCAGCAUCCCCUCCAGUGCUGUAUCCAGUGCAGGCCCCUCCUCCCCGAUCACAGAGAGCUCUGGCCUGAACUUCAGCUUCAGUGAGUAGACUGUCUGUCUGUCUGAAAAACACAAGGACUUCUGGGUAUCUGAGAGCACCAUCUGAAGACUUCGGUUUGUCCGUUCUCUGUACUUUUCUUCAUCUUUUCCUCCUCCUGCUCACGUUCUCAAAACAACACUGGAGGGAGAUGCUGAUUCUGGAGAGCGGUUUUACAAACACUCAGACUGUAAAUAUAACCACUCUGAUUGUACAUGGACUCUUCUGGUGCACCCCGACUACAGCUCUACAUGUCCACACCUUCCCUCCUCCGUACAGUCGGAACACUCUGGACUUCACCUGUUCAAGACCUCCCUUCACCUCAAUCUUCCUCUACACAUUCAUAAACCAGCUCCAACUAAGUAGGAGAGCAUCAAGCCAAUGUUCAGACCAGUUGUGCCUUUAGUUUAAUUUAGAUGCUGCCCAUGCUAAAACCCAAACGCGAUUUUACUGAAUCUUUCAAACACCGGCUGCCUUUUUUCUGACCUUACCUGCAGAGAACAGCUGAAAUGCAUCAGAGGCUGUGAGUCACAAAGUGUAGACGGUCAUAGAUUCACUUUUGUAAUUCUAGAAAGUAACCGUGUCCUUUUUUUUUUUUCUCCCCUCUGUUGCAUUACAGCAACACAUCUAGCCAGUCAUAGCCCUCCCUCAGAGAAAAUUGGAAUUGCAUUGCAUUUUGGCCCCACAUGUCAGGAAGAAGUUGUUUAAAGUUGGGGAAAUACGUUUAAGCACUUUGUUGCUGAGAGUUAGAUGAGUAGAUUGGUUCCACUCUCAUGUCUGUAUGCUGAAUAUGAUGCUACAGCCAGCAGCCAGUUAUUUUAUUUACAUCUUAUUUGUUUCAUUCAUACAAAAACAGUGUAGAAACAACCAUUUGUGUUUUUUUUUCAGAGGUUAUUUUCUGAAUGGCUAGGUGUGGCUGGGUCUUGUUUAUUUGUACACUACAGUUUUUGAAUUAAAUAAAUGGGAUAUAAUGUGAUAAUUAGUGAGCUUUAAAUAUGAUGGUAGACAGAAUGACUGUAUUAUGAGUAGUAGUAUUUCCAGUCAUUGAGCUAAGCAAGGCUAAGUGGCUGCUCGAUUUGUCUUCAUGUACAGACAUGAGAGUGAAAUCGAUCCUCUUAUCGAAGUCUUGGUGAGAAGACAAAUGUAGAUCUGCCAUCUGUGUCUUUAAGUCUUGUUAACAUUAUUUUACAUUGCAUACCUGGUUUAUAAAGAGGAUUCUGCUUGAAAAUGUUACAGGUUAAAAAUCUAAGGGAAGAACCUUAUUCUCAGACCAUUUUGAACUUCAACCAAAGGAGGUGCAGCUCAAAAGAGGCUAACUGUGAUAUACAAAGAUGGACAUCAUGCAACAUAAAAAUAAUAAUAAUAAUAAUCACAGAUUACAAGAUGAUUAUUCUCUAAAAUCUGGAGGGAUACAGGUUAUCGCUUUAAAAUUAUACAUGUGGCUUGGUACCUGCUAAAUUCAGUUAGUGGUAAAUUUUGUUCACAGGAUUUUUAUUCACACAACCAAAACAACAGACUCCAUUUAGAUUUUUUUUUUUAAAAUACAAAUAUUUGUACAAUGAAAAACUCGAGCCAACUUGAUCAAACUGUGUUAGUCUUUUCUGUGAUCGUCUGCUGUUGAACGGAAACACAGUUUACCUGUAAAUGUGCCUUUAAAUAACUCAGAAGAGAAAUAUUUAAGUCAGAGUAUUCUACACACUGGGGGUUUCCUGCUGUAUUUUUAUUGCUUUUUCUUUUUAGGGGUGUCGGGGGGAGGGGGGUUACAAAUUAAAUUUGAAUUCAAGAAAAUCUGUGGUAUAGAUUUAUUUUAGAAUUAAAGGGAAAAACCACUUGAUUAAGUAAAUAGUAUAAAUGUACUUUUACAUAAUGACCUGAAUACUGCAGUUUUUUGUGUGUCGACAUGCAGUCUGCUAUCACUCCAAAUUACAUGUGUAUUUUUAAUGUUAAAUGAAUCAAAUGACGUUUUGUAAAGAUGAGUGAUGCUCAGGUAGAAAACAUACUAUCAUGAUUCUGAAAAUGGAAAUUGGUUUUUAUUAACAUGUGACUGAACGGGGUCAAUUCACUUUCAGUUCAUUUGAAAAAGUGUUACAUUUACUUCAAUUCUCCAAAGAAAGACUUUUAUGACUUUGACCAAAACUUGUAGAGUUAUUGCUCUGUCAUAAAACUGUGACCUGCAGUAAUUAUUCAGGCUCUAACACCAAAGUACAAAUGGGAGAAAUAAAAUGCUCCCUGCUCAUUUCAACCUUGUUAAACUGAAAAUGAACUGACCCCCAACACCUGGAAACACCUGCUGUAGAACAAGCAUAUAUGUAUAUUUUAGCCAUCAUGGAAAGAAUUUUAGAUUUGAAUAGGAUUAAUUAAUUUUCACUUCAAGGAGAGUUGAUGUAGGUAAUUUUAGCUGUGUAUUUAUGUGAUUAUUUAAUGUGGUAUUUAAUGCCAGCCAAAGAGGGGUGUGUUUUCUGUGACGAGUUUGGCUGCCAGAGAACAAAGUGGAGGUUUAUGUGUAAAAAUCUGUAACAUUUCUGUCGCGUUCUGUCUUGAGGUUCAGGUUGGGAUGUGAUGUUGGAAAGAGGAGGAGGAGGAGUAAUAAAAAAAAAAAAGAUUCAACAGUGAAAA